GCUAAAUUUCAUAUCACCAUGUCGUAUAAACACAGCUUUUGAAAGGGGCCAUUUUGUUUCGUGGGAUGUUAUGAGGAGAUAACUCGGUUGUGUUUUUAGUGAAAUUAUUUCAUUUGAGGAUUAAACACACUUCCUUAACACACAUUAAUUACUGCCUGCAAUUUCAUUUGGGAUUUAACUGUGGUGUUUUUUAAUAUCUGGUGUUUCAGUGACCGUUUUCGACAGGUGCGCGAACGCUUCAGAAUAGCAAUGCAAUUUAGCCAUUGUUUCCCAAUAAUACUAUGUUCUGAUGUCGUUAGUUGAUGAAAAUGAGCUGACAGAAACCCAAAGCUGGGUUGUAUCAAGCAACAUGACAUCUAGCAGGGUGUGCCAGUUUCUCUCAGAGAGUGGAGGUAGUAAUUUUACGGAGACUGCUCCACGGCCACCCGUGCCAGGUGAAGAAAAUGAGAUUCAGUCAAACGGCGGAUUAUCAACAAAAAGUAGCGAAUCUCAUAAAAGUACCAAAUCGUGUAAGAGUGGUGGAUCAAAUCGUGAUAUAACUACACAUUCACCUGCUGCUACACCAAGGCGGUCUAUGAAAGACAAGUCUCUCAUAUCUAACCAAAGUUGUUGUGUAGACGACGAAGAUAUGACAGCCCCCCUGGGUUUUGAACCAGAAGGGAGUGUGUCCAAUUCUCCUCCUUUCACUGAGAAUAGUACACCACCGUAUAUGAAAUGGGCUGAGAACUUAAGUUAUCUGUUAGAAGACAGAGAUGGUGUCCAUUUAUUCAAACAGUUUUUAGAAAACGAGGAUUUUAAAUGUUAUUCUGUGGAUUUUUAUUUUGCAUGUGAAGGAUUAAAAAGAAAACCUCCAGAUGAUGUAGCUAAUAUACAAAGCAUAAUUCGAGCUAUUCAUAAAAAGUAUAUAAAAACUGAUAAGUUACCAUGCAUCUCAGAACUGACUAGGCAUUAUAUUCAUGAAAAACUUCAAAAACGAACUUUUGCGGCAGGUCAGGGGAUAUUUGACAAGGCUCAGAUGGAGGUAGAGGAACAUAUGCGUAAAAAUACAUAUCCAUUAUUCCUUAAAAGUGAUCUUUUUGUUCAAUAUAUUCAAAAGGAAGGUGAAAGAAGUCCAAAAAGUACUAGUACUAGUGGUUCUAAUAGUGUACGUCCAGUUUCAGGGCCUCUUCCUACUCUUUUGGAAGAUCAGGAACUUAAUAAUGUGUCAUGUUGUGAUAUGGAUGGUCCACCCAGUGCUUCUAAAACCUGUGUGAAGAGAGUUGUGAAUGAACCAUUUAAUUUUUCAUAUCCAUCGGUUCCAAGGGUACCCUCAAUACCACAUACCUACCAAUCCUAUGCUCCUACCUCUCUCCAAGACAGCGAGAUCCAGAGCAUUUCCAGCGCCAGCGAUGCAUUAACUGACGACACUCGUUCCCAGACAGAUAGUAGCAUAGAUGGGGAUUUAUAUAAACACAAGAGAAUGAGAAGAAAACUGAGACUGAAAGCAGAACAAAAUAAAGAAAGUAACUUCAAUCAGCCUUUUAUUCCUAGAACAAAUCGCCCGCCUAAAGAUCGAAACAUAGCAGAAACAGAUCCUAAAGCUUUCGCAGAAGUAUUAAUAGACAGAUUAAAGAAGGUUGAACAAAAGCAGGAAAAUGAUGAAAGGAUUAGAGCUAACAUGAGCAGAGUUUUAGAUGAGAGUGAUAUAGACAAUCCUGGAAACAGGUCAAUGACAUCAUCCUUUUCACAAAACAAUAACACUACCUCCGGUUCAGUGCUACCUUUAAUGACUUCUACUGUGAUAGACGAGGAGAAUGCUGAUUCUAUAUUAGAGGAACAUUGUUCUCGGAUAUGGGAAAGUUCGGCACAACAAACGCCCAGUCUGUCGCCUGGGAGACAUAGUCCUCCAAAUACAAAACCAAAGUCCCCUGAUAGAAAUAAAAAAAUGCAAUCCUUGCCGUCAGCUUCACGGACACUUCAUCAUAAAAAACGGCCUGAUUAUCAUUCAUCGUUUGAUAGUGGAAUGGGAGACGAAAAAGCUAUUGAAACUCAUCGUCAUAUACAUCAUCACCACCAUCAUCAUCAUACAAAAGAGUCUCGGUGUAAAAUAGAAAGUGACGCUCAAAAGGUUUAUAGCGGAAAUGAUAAAGGACGAGGCAGUCGUAAACAUUCUGACACUGAAAGUAAAUUUGAUAGUGGUGUUAGUAUGAUUGAUUCCAUACCUUCAAUGCCAAACAUGAAAGAUCCUUCAUCAGAAAAGGUCCUUAAUUGGAUGAUGGACAGUGAUCGUAUGGGUGGUACCAACACUGCAGAUUCUGACAAAGCCUCAUCACAGAAACGUGUUCGCUCUACUACUUCUUCCACGCCUGCUCCCAGGAAACAAAUAUCAAAGAAAUCAGGUCAUGGAGCAAGUCGUUCUGCUUCAGUGGAUCGUAGCGCCAUGAUGAGUGCACCACCUCCACCUGGAGCUAUGCCGUCACAGCCUUUUAUGCAGGAUCCAUCCAUGCCAAUCCUCCAACCAACAAGUACAACCGUACAGCUGGAGGAAGCAAAGCGUCGGCUAGAAGAAUCUCGCACAGUUCCCCCAGUCAAAUCUAAGUCUUUCGGUGGUAUUCCAGCUGCUAAGGAAAAGAAACCAAAUACAACCUCCCAGGGUAACAUGAAACCUCUACCUACAACCAGAACUGUUCCGUGUGAUUUAGACAUGUCAUUUGAUACUAUUGCUGUAGAUAAAAAGAAGAAGUCUCCUAACAGCAGUGCUAAUACCUCAGGUUCUACUGGAGAAGAAAUCGUGAUAGGAUAUUAUUUCUGCCAGGAACCUAUACCAUACAAAAUAACAGUACCUGGUCAUAAUGUAACUCUAGCUCAGUUCAAACAUCUGAUUGGACGAACAGGAAACUAUAGAUAUUUCUUCAAGAAGAAGAGCAAUGAAUUUGGUGAGGAGGGAGCAGUGUAUGAAGAAAUAAAAAAUGACUCUGAAAUUUUACCAUUGUGGGAUGGUCGAAUUAUUGCUAAAGUGACUAAGAAUGAUUAAAUAUAAUACGUAAUUUAUUGUAUAAUGUGUACAUAGUGGUGUAUAUUUGUAUAAAGACUGUAAAGAGCUGUGACUCAGGGUUUAACCACCAGGUGGGGCCAUUAUCAACCAUGCCAGUGGAUUAUUUAUGGAUUCAGUUUACGGGUUACAUAUCAGGGCGCCAGCAAAAUUGUACCAAGAGGGCAGAAUGUUAGUGUUAGAGAAUUACACAGUUAAUAUUGAAAAUGCUGCCAUUUAUAAAUUGACUAUCAGUUACAAUGUUAUUUUAAUAUAAUCAAAUAUAUGGCUUUUUAUUAAAAGUUAUACCAAAUUUUAAUAGACAAGUUUUCUUAUUUUCAAAUUUUCAAAUCUGACCUACUGAGCUUUAAAUUAAUGAUGGACGAGCUUCCCUCUUCAAUGCCAUUCUGCCAUUCUGAGGUACAUUUUGCAACUGCCCUCAGUAAAAUAUCAUGUAUAUUAAAAGCACAGAACUUUAACCAUCCUCAUGGAAUUACUGUCAUUAUUAUGUUAUUUUAAAUUAUGCAUAGAAUUUUACUGUGUUUUAAAUUUUUUUGUUUUAUGUAAAUCAUGGUUGUUUGUAUGUUUGUAAGCAAGGUUACUUAAAGGAAAUACUGUUAAUCUAUGAAACAAAGGAAAAUCUGUAUUGAACAAAUAUAAUUUUAUUUUUACUAAUUAUAUAGAGUUAAAUUUAGGAAUCUUAAAAGAAAAAUAGUGGAAAAUUACCAAUUAGUUUAUGUAAAUCCAAUUUAAGAAAAGUAAAGAAGAAGAAAACGAACCUUGUUUGAAAAAAGAAUUCCUCUUUUUGUAAAAAUUUUGACAGAAAAAGUCAUUGUGCUUACAUACAUACAUGAUAAUCCAUUCUGGUUGUGUUUAUCGGAUGGCAUUGAUUGUUUUUGAGUUGUUUGAACUUGUAAAACCUAGUCCAACUAUCAUGUUAUUCAUUUUAUACAACACUUGUGUAAGGGAAUAGAUUUAACCAAUUUUCAACUGAAAUAACAAGUUUUAUCUCUGUACAAAGAACAGUUUUAAUUUUGAAUUCUAAGGAACUGAUUGUUUUUAUGUUAACCCUGGUCUACACAUUUUACUGGUGCUAUUUUUUAUUUGUGUAAAGUGUUUUCUUUCUAAUUAAUCUUUUAAGAAGUUACGUUGUGAUACAAUGUACGAUUUGAAUUUUAAGUCAACAGUUUAUAUUGAUUCAUUUGUCUCUGGAAAUUAUGAUAAAGAUAAAAUACAAUAUAGAGAAACCGAAACUCUGUAAUGAAACAUUUUAACCUUCGUUUCAAUGUAGUUUUCGUCUUUUGGAAGGUUAAAUUGUUUCAAAGAUUGAUAGUAGUUGAAAGUAGACCUAUUUAGCAACGCUCUUAGUUUCGUGAGGAUUUUAGAAGUCCUCAAAUAUAAGGGUUGUUAAAUUGGAUUAUUAUGUUACCAUAACCAAGUAAAGACAGCGAAAGAAUCAAAUUUCCAUUAAAAAAUUCUGUAUUUUUAACAUUAUAUUUAAGAAGACUAUAAUUUUUAGUGGUAGAACAUUAUCUUCCCGAGAGGAUUUUCAUAAAAUUCUAUUAAGCUGGUAGGUUUAUGUCAGGCACAUAAACUAGCACAUGUUAUUCAUAUUCAAAAAGUUUUAAUCGAUCAUGUUAAUUUUAAAUGUAAUGAAAUAUUUGUUUUUACUUAUUUUUUUAUAAUUUUUUCUUCAAUAUUUAGGAUUGAAAAUCUUCAAACAUGAUAUAAAUUAAUACCAGAAUGCUUUGUAAUAUCAAAGUAUGUCUAAGUUAUUCUUUUUUAUUAAUUUUCUUCUGCAAGAAAGGAAUGAUGCAAUAUUAAACUUAUUUUUGGCACUAGAAACGCCUUCUUUUAACCAUAUAAUGAUUAAGUUAUUGUUGGAUUAUUUGCCCUUUAUUGAAGACUAAAUGAAUACUCAGUAUACAGAUAAGACUAGGAAUUGUAGAAUUUGAACUGUGUUUUUCUUGUUAACUUUGAAUAAUGUUAAAACUAAUUUUACCAUGUAUGUAAAGGAACAAAUUUCAUGAAGAACUCAACUCUGGUGAAAUAAGUCCAUCAAAACUUUAAAAAAAAUAGCUAUGACCUUAAAAGCAAAUAUAUGUACUUUUCUUGCAGCUUUUGUAUUGGGUUUGUUGAAAAUUCUUAAACAACUUCUUUACACAUUUUAUUUGUACAUGUUUGAGUCUGUGAUGCCAUUUUAUUGAAGUUGUAUCAUGGAAUGAUUAUAAUUGUAUUAGGAUUAAAUCUAAAAUUUAAUUCGCCAUGACAAUUCAGGGUAUAAUUUCAUCAGGGAUCAUCUCAAAAUAUAAUUUCAUUUUCCAAAUAAUCUCUGAAGUCUGUUUUGAACUUUUUCUCUAAAAUGUUUUAUUUAUAAAAAAAGAUAUGAAUGCAUCAUUGAAUUUAGUAGCCUCAUUAACAAAUCAUUUAAACUUUUGAGAUGACCCAGACAAAACUGCUGUAUCUUUUUCAUGUUACAUAUGGUCUAUGAAACCAGUGUUCAACAUAAUAAACUACAAUUUAAAAAUAUGCAUUUUGAUUGUGUAAUUAUUCAGUUAUAAUGAUGCCCAGAGAUGAAUAUAGAAGAUACCACAAUUGGUAUAUAUUAUUAGUAACCUUUUUAUUUUGACAUGUAUAAUACCAAAUUUGUUCAUACAAAACUGAAGGAAUAGUGCUUUUAAAGUUGUUGAAAUGUUUUGUUUUGUAAAUUAAGACCGUUUUAUAUGCAUUAUUUUAAGAAAGUAUUUCUUUUGAA